UUGUGUGUGGGUGUGUGUGUGUGUGUGUGUGUGUAUGGAGUAGAAAAUUUGACAGUAGUGGUUUUGAGGGGAUUAUGCCAUUUUUGUACGCCUGGACCGAAGACCGGUACGUCACUACUGUGACUUCUUAGCAACUUCCCGGAAAUCGUCGAGCGGGCAUGCUUUUGUUGUUUUGGGAAGUCAUCUGCAGAGUUUUCGUAUAAAAGCGCCUGUAUUGCUUAAUAGCAGAGCAGUCGAAAUACUAGCUGAUCGGGGUAACUCGACAGAAAAGGCUAAAAGUUUGAAAAAGGUGGUUUUGGCAUCAGCUCUCCAACAUGUCUGUGUGGCAAAAAGGUUUGAAAAACAUCCGCAGUCCUCGCAGCACCGCGGCCAUGCUCGAGCACCUGCCGCAGACGGUGAUCGACCGGUUGGCCGCCAAACAUCCCGCCAAGCUGACCAAGGUGCCCGUCGCGGACGGCCGUUACGAAGAGAAGGAGCUGUCGGAGUGGCUAUGGGAGAGCAGCCAGGUCCAGGCCCAGCUGGCGCUGCAUACAAAGUUCAUCCAGGGGAUCAAGAGCGGUCUUCUCGAUCCCACUGAUUACGGAGGAUACACAGUCCAAGAUGCUGUCUACUGCUCCAACGCCACGACCUACUACGGAAUUGCAGAGGAUAAAUCCCAGGAUGAAAUCAUGAAGGCCUUCAUCCAAUCACGCGUCAAAAGUUACACUAGUUACACGAAGGUCAUGUUCAAGCAAUGGCACAUCCGGGAUCCGUCGGGGGUUGCCAUGGGAGCCGCCGCUGCCUCCUAUUCGGCUUUUGAGAAGGGCGUGGCCGAAAACUGCGAACCAAUCUACCUGCUGAUUGCCAUGCUGCCGUGCGAGAAACUGUGGGAAUGGCUGGCCGAGCAGAUCCAAUCGGGCAUUAGCGAGACCAACGUGUACAGCUUCUGGAUCACGGACAACCUGGGCGGCAGCUCCAAGCUCGCACACUUCAUCGACGCGUACGCGGACGAGUACGGCGUUGACUUGCAGAAGGCCAAGGACAUCUACCACGGGGCUAUGCAGGGCGAGGUGAACUUCUUCGCUUCCGCCACGGCUGAGGUCCCUUAAAACAAGCCCCAGCCAUUUGGGAACCACGCAAAAGACGACUCCUCUGUAGCUUUAAAAAAUGCCCGCGCUUACAAUUAGAAUACGUUUAAUGGCUGAGUAGAUAAUACGGGCCUUUCAGUCAAGGGGAAACGACAAAAAAAGUGGCGAUUCUUGGAUUCGAAUGGGUGAGGACACGAAGCGUCCGAGUCCAUUUGUAUCAAAGAAUCUCCACCUUUUGAGUCGUUUCUCCGACUCAAACCAAGUCCCUCCCUUGUACAAAAGAACAAAAAGGCUUUACUGACACUUUGAGAGCCGUGAGAUGAAUUCCAACAUUUGUCCAGCGUUGGCUUGCUAUGUACAUUUGCAUGUACAUGUACAUAAAAGCUUCCUUCCUGUCCCAAGCCAAUAAGUAACUCCCCGGAUGGGUGCACAAUUAGUUUUUUUCAUUCGCAGGCGCGGUACAUGCUUCACACGAAGUUACAUGCUGACAUGCAGUCGACACUAGCCCAGGUGGAUUCCCUGACUACUUGAAUGAAAUUAAGACAACGUCCAACCUGGGCUACAGUCGACACCAUCAGCAUAUCGCACGGCACACACAAUGUCUUACGGUCCAAAUUUGUAUGAGGUCGCUGUAGUCAGCAAGCAGGUUGCAGCAGUUUUAUAGUACACAUCUUUGGGAUUUAUAUCUAUUAUACAUUAGUUGCGGAAAUAAUGCUAAAUUUAUGUUAGUAAAGGCUAUCGAUAUGACUGUACGGAGCUGGGGACCUUUUACACCACCACCAAGCAAGUUUCCCGAGUGACUGAUUUGAGAACUACAAUUUACUGUCUCUUCAAAUGAAACUACAUGCUUACUCUUUGAAAUCCACCAGUCACCGAAGGAAAUUCUUUCGUUUGAAGAAUACAUGCAUUUGGAAUAUAAUCUCAUUCAUCUGGGAAGUAUCAUACGUAAGUUUCUGAACGAUUAAUCUGCAAAAUUGUAUAUGAAUUGUGAUUGUUGAAGUUGUUAUUAAAAAUUGUUUGAUCACAGGAAAAGAGUUAAAACUGAGGUUUAACCGAAAGCAAAGAUGUGAAUUUAAAAAUAAAUGCACAAAGAAGAAUUAUAAACAUAAUAAAAAUUAUACGUAACCGUUAGAAUAUUAACCUACAAUAAACUGAAAAAAAAGAUGAAAUCAAACUUAAAUGGAAGGGAUAUGUAAAAAUUGAGAUACAUUAAAACAUACAGUGCAACGUAAGGAGCGGUUCGCUUUAACUGAAAAUCGCUAAUCUCAACAGAAAACGUUACCGCGUCAAAUCUAAAAAUUGGAGUGUUAACCGUAUCGAAUGUCUAAAACAAUUUACUUUAUUUUUGAGAGCGUCUCUUACCGUGUUUGACGUUGUAAUUUAAUGUCACAAGUGCUUUUUCUGUGUCCAUCAAGUCAAGUUUGAUCUGUUAGGUUUUGGAGAAUGUCCAAUCUGUAGAUUAUUAAAAACUGCCCAUUCUUUACUGAAUAGGGUGACGUCAUAAGAGUGGUUUAACAACAGUUACGGCGGCCUGUUCUUGAUGCAGGUUUCUUGUUCUCGCGCUCAAACGGCGGGAACACGACUCAA